UGCCUCCCCAGCCUUGUUUUCCCGAUCCAUCUUGGGCAGGGCCUUCUAGUGCCUUUUAUCACCGAUAACACGACUGGUUGCUCACCGUCUCCAUCCGGUCCACUAAGCCCCCCCUAUGGGCCUACCUUACUCAUGGUCACAGUACCCAACUGCUUGGUUUAUACAAAGCCAUGCAGAAUUCAAAACUAGCUGCCGGGUUCAUACCCUCUUGGAGCGUGCAAGACAAUCCUUCCAUCCCACAAAAGAGCGCAGCCUCCAACGGUCAUGAUCUAGGGAUCCGCAGGCGCAACCCACUGGCAUGUGAAGCAUGUUAUAAGAAAAAGAUAAGAUGCGAGGUCGAAGGCUCCAAUACAACAUGCAUACAAUGUCUGCGUCGUAACACAACCUGCAAAUUCACCACGAGGAAAGAGAAAAGAGAAGAUCUGAAAAGGACGCACUAUGUAAGAACUCUGGAAAAUCGGAUCCGAAGGACAGAGUCUAUCCUCAAAGCUGCCGGUCUUCUAAGCGAUGACCUGAUGAGUCUGGAUGAUGAGCCCAGCGAUGAAGAUGAAGAUAGAGGGGUCGGCGAUGGAAGUGACUCCGAGGAUGAAUCGAUCUCUCCCUAUUAUAGUCCCCGCGAGGUCUCCAGUAGGCGUAGCUCGGCGGUACUGGCCUCGGAUGGCUCGAAGGACUCUGAUCACCUACAGUACCGUGCGUCAACGGGGAGAGAUGCGGGCAGUAGAUCUGAUGCAGCAAACGCCCGUCAGUCCGUUGGUCCGAGCAAUUCGUCUAGCGUUCCUCAAGGCGGGUGCUCUACAUCGCAAGUCUGCUCUCACACCCAUGCUCCCGUGUUCAAGCUGGAUAGCCGAGAGGACUCGAGGUACUAUGGUCGGUCCUCCUUUCUAUCAAUAUUAUCACGGGAGGCGCUGGAGUGGAUCCAGACCAAGUCGGGCGAGGCGAAGCCUCUGAGCAUCGUGUUUUCCGAUUCCAGUCGAGACAAUGCCUGGGAUGCCUGGCGACCGGAGGUAUUCCAUGAUCUGUUUGCCUCACAGGUGUUCAAGCCGCUGCCCCCGCGAGCUGAAGUCUUUACUCUACUGCGGGAUUAUUUUCGUACGGUAAACCGUCUUUUUCCGCUUUACCACGAGCCCACGUUCAUGCAACUCGUGGAGUGGCAGUAUACCCAGCAAACUUGCGAUGACGCUGCCCGGUGGGCCAGCAUCAAUAUCAUCCUCUCUUUAGCUUACGAGUACCGGUUUUCCAACUGCCAGAAGUCCGAAAAGGAUAGGGAACGGGCGUGGCUCUAUUAUAAGAACGCAAUGUCUGUCUUCGCAGAGCUCUCCCUGCGACGGACUGACCUCCUUAGCGUGCAAGCCCUUCUUGGCAUGGCUUUCUUCCUUCGUGGGAAUUCGGGCACUCAAUCGGCGUUGCCGAUAAUCACGGCAGCCAUGCGGAUUUGCCAGCGGAUGGGCCUACACCGCGACAUCCCAAGACCUUACCUCACUCCAGUGGAGCAAGAGCAGCGAAGGAGGGUAUUUUGGAUCGCAUAUAUUCUCGAUCAAAGUUCAUGUGUUCGAUCAGGAAGCGCCCCGGCCCAACACUACGAAGACUUUGACGUCGACUUUCCUGCAGAGAACGAUGGGGAUGCCUUUGUGAAAGCUCGCGACGGCUCGUUUUUCCGCCAGCUCUGCCAGCUCACCGUGAUCAAGAGUCGAGUGUUUAGUAAGCUGUAUUCAGCCAAAGCUCUAGAAAAUAAGUCCCCGGAGGAGAUAUACGACAACAUCCGGGAAUUACACGCGGAGCUUGAGGAAUGGAAACAUGCCAAUGCGCUCGAAUUCCAAAUCAAGCAGAGAGGUAACGGUCAGGACUUCCUAAUCGGAUUCGCGUCCGCAGGUCUCCAGUUCGUCUAUUAUAAUACCAUGAUCAUGAUCCAUCGUCUGCCUCUGAUGCUUCAGUUUGCUUCGGCGCACUACGUCGCAAGAGGAGAUGCUCCUCCGAUGGAUCACGAUCUAAUCUUGCGAGAAGCGUCAGCUUCUUCUGCGGUUUGUGUCCAGGCCGCACGAGACACAGUGAGACUGGUGAACAACCUUCCAUGGGGGGAUAUUGCCUGGAUAUGGUCCCUACUUUACUACAUCUUCCUGGCAGUGAUGAACAUCUUCGUGAGCAUUUUACGAGAACCGCACAACGAAAAAGCCAAAGACGACCUACAAUCCCUUAAUAUGGCGGCGACAUUCUUCGCAACACUCAUUCCAGGCGACGGGCCUUGUCACUACGCACGAUUCAUGACGAAAAUGUGCGCCAAUUUCGAGCGCGUAGCCCGGGCUGUCCUCGAGCGAACCCAAAGGGCCGUGAAGCCGGAAGCAAAACACCACAGCGCAUCCCGCACAAACAGCACCUCCACGGCGGAUGGCAAACCCCCGCGUUCCACAUCCCCCGACCCCUCGCACGCAACCACCCCUCCCAAGUCUCAUUCAAACCCUCCGCCAUCAUCCUCAGUCCACUCCAUGAACAUCGACAUCCCCAACCUCGAAGGUCUUCCCCCCGUCAACUCCUCCGGCUACGUCGUCCCCGACAACCUCAGUCCCAGCCCAACACCCGAACCCACACUCCCCAUCCCUACCACCACCACCACCACCAUCCCCACACAGCCACUGUCUCAACCCACACCAGCAGCCCCCGGUACCUCCCAACCCUACAACCCCACAAUCACCUCCACAACCCCCUACAACCCCCAAGGCACCUUCUUCCCGAUCACAGUCAACAGCGAUGGCUUCAAUUUCUCCCAGCCCGAACUCUGGCAAAUCCCCCUAACAGCAGACUGGGAAAUCACGCCCCAGGCCCUAGGCAGCCUCUUUGGACCAGACCUAAGCUACAUCUUCCCAGAGCAGCUGGGCGGCGCAACCGGUACCGAAUUCCCACCUCAGCCCCAUUUCCCACCUCCAACCCAACCAGCACCGAUGGCUUCCGCGCCGAUGGAGUUCACAUAUGGCGGGCCUAUGCCCCAAACGCAGACCCAGAAUCCAAAUCCGAACCCAAAUCAACCUCGAAGCCGGAUAACUCAAGCGCCUGGCGCCGGACAAACCAUGCAGGGAAAUCAUGGGAUGUGGAUGAACGGGGGGGCGUAUUCGAAUCCGUAUAACUUUGCGCCUUGAAACAAUACCCUUAUUAAGAGUUAUUCGGCCAGAUUGAUGUGCAAUUAUGGGCAAGAAAUUGUACAUACCGCAUGACUGACGACCUCACACAUAUCUAAUCUACCUAUUUCG